AUGGUGAGCGACGAAAAAGCUAACGCCAUUAACCGCACAAGAUAUGAAAGAUAUUCUCCGGCCUUACGGUGUGACAGCUCACUCCAUAAAGGGAGGAGCUUUGGCCCACGCCGCGGCAGCAGUGGUCGAACGCAAUCUCGACCCAAGAUUAUUAACGCAGCUAGGGAAACACGCGGACCCCAUGGAACUCCCACGAAGCACGGUGCGUUAUCUGGGCCAUUGGGCCGCAACAAUAAACAAAUCAGCACGCCUGACAUCAUUGAUGUAAGAGAAUUGGAAACAUGGGACAUUACCAGAAUUUACGGGACAACAUUUUGGCUUCCCCUUUAA